AUUAAGGAAGCCUAUGAUAUUCACGAUCAAGGUGAUGCCGAGUGGUUCCUGGGAAUCGAGAUUAUUCGAGACUGCAUAGAACACACGAUCUGCUUAAGCCAUGCUCAGUAUAUCGAAAAGAUAGCUGUUAAAUACGACCUCGUCAGCUCUAUGAGCAACCCAACGAUUCCUGUCCCUAUUAUUGAAUAUCGGAAGAAUGAAGAGAUAGCAAGCGCGAAAGAGGUAAAACGCUAUCAGGAACUUAUAGGUUCACUGCUCUACUGCGCUGUGAUGAUACGGGUCGACGUCGCCUUUGUAGCCUUACUUCUGUCAAGAUUCCUGCAAAACCCAGCACUAGAGCAU